UUAAUUCAAAGAUCAAAUUAAAUGAAAAUCAUGAAGCCUUAUUUUACAUGAUUACUGACGUUGUAAUUGUACAUACAUUCUGAACUAAAUAUCUUUUAAAUGUUCUUAAUAUUAUAGACUAUUACUGCAGAGAAGCAUGGAAGCAGAGCUGACUGUCAACGGCACUUACAUUUUUAAUGACAUACAUCCCUGUUAUGAAUCAAAUAAUGCAACUUACAUAUUUACAAGCAAACCUUCCAUACUAUGUGUUUUAGUAUAUAUUUUCCUUAGCUUAUUGUCUGUUGCUACAAUAUGUGGAAACCUUCUUGUUAUAAUCUCUAUCAUUUACUUCAAACAGCUGCACACUCCUACUAACUACCUGAUCCUCUCUCUGGCUGUGGCUGACCUGCUUGUAGGAGUUUUAGUUUUUCCUUUCAGCAUGGCAUUCACUGUAACCUCAUGUCUUUAUCAUGAGAAUUUAUUCUGUAAAAUACGAGACAGCUUUGAUGUAUCACUGUGCACGUCCUCUAUUUUGAACUUGUGCUGUAUUUCCAUAGACAGAUAUUACGCAGUUUGUCAGCCCCUGGCAUACAGAAGUAAGAUAAAUGUUCACAUUACUGUGAUCAUGAUCCUGGUGUGCUGGGGUAUCUCUGCUCUAAUCGGGAUUGCUAUAAUAGUUGCAGGGUUCAGCCAGGGAACAUGUGAAGAAAUGUGCUCAGUUGAUGUUGUAAUGGCAAACACUAUGGGACCUGUUUUCUCUUUUUACCUUCCUGCAUUCAUAAUGCUCUGUAUCUACCUAAAGAUUUUCCUUGUUGCUCGGAAACAGGUGAACAGCAUCCAGAGCACAAAGUAUGGAGCAACUGUCAGUAAGAGGGAGAGAAAGGCCACAAAAACUCUGGCUACUGUUUUGGGAGUUUUUCUUUUAUGUUUGACUCCUUACUUUCUAUGCAUUGUUUUCCAGCCUUUGUCUUAUAAUCCACCACCCAUCCCUGUGAUUGAGACACUUAACUGGCUUACAUUAUCAAACUCAAUGCUGAAUCCAUUAAUCUAUGCUUUCUUUUACAGCUGGUUCAGAUCAGCUUUCAGAAUGAUAAUUUCUGGGAAAAUAUUCCAAGGGGAUUUUGCUAACUCCAAACUGUUUUGAUUUAUUUUAUGGAUUGGUGAAAUAUCAACAUGCCAAUAAAGGUUGGAACAACAGACCAAUACUUCCCCUCUCUGAAAUCUGGUUCUGUUGGAGGUUUCUUCCUGUUAAAAGGGAGGUUUUCCUCUCCAUUGUCAUCAAGUGCUGCUCAUUGUGGGAACUGUUGAGUUUCUCUCUAUCACAUUGUCAGGUGUUGACUUUACCCUGUAAUAAUGCAUGUUAUGAUUUGGCGCAAUACAAAAUGAAAUUUAAUUGAAUUAAAAAGUGUGAAAUAGUGGAUGGAUAGUUUUUAGCUACCCAUCUUAAACCCCACCCAUUAGAUUGGAGCAGGGUUUAUGCUGAUUUGCAUGUAGCCCAGAAUAACCAACCAAUUCAGAGACCCCCAAGCCAUGAGUUAAUGUGUAUGCUUUGUAAUCUUUCCAGACCAAAACCCUUUUUACACCCAAAUAUGGCAUAUAAGCAGGUUUUUUUUAAGAGGGUGGGAAGUGAGGGCAUUGAGGGGAGCAAUCAGACGACUGUAGUUAUAAAUGAAAAAUUUAGAAAAGCUGGUGUAACUAUGGAACCUAAUUUCUCGAUACAGCCAAUGUAUGAUUGGGAAUUUGACAGAUUAAAGGUUAACCAAUAAACUACAAGCAUUCAGUAACAAAUAUUUUUGUGCAGUGUAGAUAGGUCAGUGACAUCACAUUUUAGCCAUGCUAGUGGCGAGGGUCUUGGGAUGACAAUGUUGCAAUGUUAGUAAAUCCAAGCAGCAUCAGUAGCAUUUUAAUUGUCUUCAAUAUAUAAUCUGUAUGGCUGAUAGCCAGCUUUCAAAUAUGAAGACUGACUGCUAUCUUCAGUGUGAAAAUACCUGAUCUGACUGUGAGUCUUACACAGUAAUUAUGGCAGGUUUUUUUUGCUGUCACUGCUGUUGUUACUCAGCUGUUCUUGUUUUGUUUCAGUUUGUUACUCUGUUGGAACCAUUUCAGACAUAAACAUUACAUAAUUACCUAUUAGCAAUUAUAGCGCCUUGGGGAGAAGCAGAGCUCAUGUGUACCACCAGAGCAGUUAAGGGACCAAAGGCUCAUUCACACCUCUAAUAGGAGAGGCGUCAGGUUGCAUAAUAUCAUUGCAUCAGACCAUAAACAACUUGUGUUAAGAUCUUACAUAAGAUUUUAUGGCCAAAUAUUUAUUGUUGGUAAUACAAUUGAACAGUUUAAUGUCUGAAUAAAUCAGAGACAUUUUCAGUAA